AUGAAAGAACCUUCGUUUGCCGAGAUAAGAGACAUUGUAAUGAAGGCGCGCUCUUGUUCUGCUCCUGGUCCAAGUGGCAUCCCUUAUAAGGUGUACAAGAAAUGCCCCAAACUUCUGAAACGGCUAUCUGUUCUUCUUCGAGUUAUUUGGAAGAAAGGAAAAGUGCCUGAGUGUUGGAAACAAGCCGAAGGUUGCUUCAUCCCAAAAGAGAAGAACUCCAAGACAAUCAAGCAGUUCAGAACCAUCUCCCUCUUAAGUGUAGAAGGAAAGAUCUUCUUUUCUGUUUUGGCUAGAAGACUGACAACAUACAUGACUACCAACAAGUAUGUCGACAUCUCAGUGCAGAAAGGCGGAAUCCCUGGUCUAUCAGGAUGCGUAGAACAUACAAGCGCACUAACGCAACUCCUGCAUGAAGCAAGAAUCAAUCAUAGCGAUUUGACUGUGGUGUGGCUUGACUUAGCAAACGCAUACGGUUCAAUACCCCAUGAGCUGAUCAAGAAGUCAUUAGAACACUACCAUAUUCCUGACCAUGCAAGAAGCCUCAUCAUGAACUACUUUGACAACAUUCAUCUGAGGUUCUCAUGUAGUAGGUUCACCACUAACUGGUUGCAACUACAGAAGGGAAUUGUCACAGGCUGUACGAUCUCCGUCAUACUAUUUGUAAUGGGUAUGAAUAUGAUCCUCAAGGCAGCUGAAAGGGAGACAAGAGGACCCAAGACAAGUAGUGGCAUCAGGCUUCCAUCAAAUCGAGGCUUCAUGGAUGACAUGACCGUGACAACAGAGAGCCACAUUCAGACCAGAUGGAUCCUUAAGGUACUUGACAAGACAAUAACAUGGGCUAGAAUUCAAUUCAAGCCAGCAAAGUCGAGAUGUCUGAUCGUAAAGAAGGGAAAAGUGAUGAACAAGUUUAAAUUGUUUAUACAGGAUGAAGAAAUCCCAGCACUUGCCAAUAAUCCAAUAAAGUGCUUAGGGAAGUGGUUUGAUUCCUCCAUGACAGACAAAGACAGUAAAAACAGACUCCACCAGCAGGUUCAUGAUGGCUUACGUAGAAUUGACAAGUGUGAGCUUCAAGGAAAGUUCAAGGCGUGGAUAUACCAGCACAGUUUCCUGCCAAGACUUGUCUGGCCAUUGAUGGUGUACGAGUUACCACUUACUACUGUUGAAAAAUUGGAACAAGCCAUCAGCAAACAUCUGAGGAGAUGGUUGGGACUACCCCCUUCCUUCACAAGUAUUGGUUUAUACGGACACUCGAACAAACUCCAGUUACCAAUUAACUCCCUUGUAGAAGAGUUUAAGGUCGCAAAAGCUCGUCUAUUGCUCACACUGCGAGACUCCAAAGAUAACAAGAUCAGUGGUGCAGGCAUAGACAUCCGAACUGGUAGAAAGUGGUCAGUAAGCCAUGAAGUUGAAAGGGCUGAAAGUAGUCUCAAACACCAAGACAUUGUUGGCUCUACGAACAGAGGAAGAGAAGGUCUAGGUACAAGAAGCCAUCAAAGUUGGGCGGACGCUAACCUUCAAGAGAGAAGAUCUAUGGUACAGUCAGAGAUUAGACGGUCUGAGGAGCAAGAAAGGUCAGCAAAGGCAAUUCAGUUUGGUAGUCAAGGCAACUGGACAAAAUGGACAGUACCAGAGAGGAAACUCACUUGGAACGAGUUGUGGACUUACGAACCACUCCAGCUAAGCUUUCUCCUACGUUCAGUAUAUGACAUGCUCCCAACGCCAACAAAUUUGUACCAGUGGAAGCUGACAGAAGACCAAACCUGUCCACUUUGUGAGAAGAAAGGGUCGUUGCGCCAUAUUCUAUCAGGCUGCCCUACCGCUUUGUCUCAGGGGCGGUACAGAUGGCGGCAUGACAAGGUCCUCGGCGAAUUGGCACAUGUCCUUGAAAAGGAUAGAAGGAAAGUUAAACCUCUGAUUCCAAAAAGCCAUUUAAUCAACUUUGUUAGAGAAGGAGAGAAGAAACCUGUGUCCACAGUAGAGAGAGGUAUCUUGCAGAACUCUAAAAGCUGGGACCUGCGGGCAGAUCUAGGAAAGAAGUUACAAUUUCCUGAAGAAAUCGCCCACACAACUCUCAGACCUGACAUCGUUAUUUGGUCCAGAAAUCAAAAGACAGUAAUUAUGGUGGAGUUAACAGUGCCUUGGGAAGAGAGAGUUGAAGAGUCGAAUGAGUUAAAGAGGGAAAAGUACGAAGAGCUAGCCAACACAUGCAGAGGGAACGGCUGGAAAACAUGGGUCUUCCCUGUAGAAGUAGGAUGCCGCGGCUUCCCAUCCAGUUCAGUGUGGAGAAUGCUUGGGGCAUUGGGCAUCAAAGGAGCAACAAGGAAGACAUCAGUCCAUGUCCUCAGCAAAGCUGCUGAGAGAGCCUCAUGUUGGCUUUGGCUACAGCGUAGCAAUACAUGCUGGAAGCCAACACAGACGGGGUAG